GUGUGCAAAGGGUUCAUCUCUCUACUCGAGACCUGCUUUCCCUAUCUGAAGUUCAUCUUCACCUGUUUUGUCUUUUUACAAUGAAAUUUUUGAUGAGAUCACAAUCUUCAAAGAAAACGACAUGCCCCUCAGCUGACGAUCAUCUCCUUCCAAGUGGGGAACAAUGACUCUCUUGGGUGGACUUUUUGCACAAAGCAAUACUAAGAAUUUGAGGUGGACUUUUUGUACAAAGCAGUAAGAAUUCGAGACCUCCACAAAGUCGUAAAGUGGUACACGUGCAGUCGUAAUCUUCAAAGUCUGUUGUCAUGUUUUUGUACGUCAUAAUGAUCAGAGUAAUUUGUAAGAGAAGAUUGCAUCCGAGUAGCAGCAAACCUUAAUAGCAUCGACGCUUGAUUUAAUAGGAAAUGUUAUUAGUCACCUGUACAAUGAUCCAUGACAUAUAUGCACUCCAUUGAAAUACAAUGACACUCUACUUGACACAAGAUAUUAUUAGCCACUCGACUACCAGUGAGACAUCGGUACUCGACACUCGACUUAACACUGCAUAUUAUUAGCAGCUCAGAAGAAAAAAAAUAGGCCGCGUCAUAAUGACAUCACCGAAAAUUUCAAACAGAAAAUAUAUAACAAAACUGACAGAAUCCGAAUGGACAGCUCUUAUUUUUUGUUUAGGAAAUGGCAGUUUAGUGUGCUUUCGGAAUGUACAGUUUCAGGAAACUGUCAAACAAAAAUAUUCAGAAUGGACAGUUCCGUUCGCACGCUCUUUCUUCACUAGACCGUUGCUAGUUUCACCACGACACCGUGCAUCCACUAUUUUUCACACAACAAGUACACUAAGAAUUUUAACACAUGGAUUCAUUUAGCUUGGCUCUGGUGCUGCUGCUCUCUUUGGUCUCUGCGACCAGCUCCUGCACCGAGCUGGAGAAGAUCUCCCUUCUCUAGCUCCUCGCCGGGCUCUCUCGGGAUGGCGGCCUCACGAGAAUCCAGCAGCAUUCUAUUGAAGUUGAGAGAAUAAGCUGGAGCAAAUAAUUUUGACUUUACCUUUAUUUGACUCUGAAAUCGCCUCCAGCCACUCUCAUUCCAUGUCCAAAGGGUUCUUCUCCCUCCUCGAGGCCUUCUUUCUCCUUCUAAAGUCCACCUUCACCCAUUUGGUCGUCUUAGUGAGAUUUUGGUUGAUGUCAAAUAAUUAUAACUCAAAAGAAGAGAAUCAGAGAUGAGCUUCUACGUAAGUGCUCACAGACACAUGCCCGUCAACUGACGAUCGUCUCCUUCCAAGUGGGAAACUGUGACUCUGUGAGGUGGACUUUUUGUACAAAGCAAUAAGAACUUGAGUAGCUCCGGAGCUCUCACAAAAUCCUAAAGUGGAGUACGAGUGCAGUUGCAAUCUUCAAAGUCUGCUGUCAUGCUUCUGUACGUCACAAACAGAAUAAUUUGUAACACAGUUCCGUUUGCACGCUCUUUCUUCAUUAGGCCAUUGCCAGUUUCACCACAAUACCGUGCAGCCACUACAUUUCAUACAACAAGCACACCAAGAAUUUUAGCAUGCCUCCAUUUAGCUUGGCUCUGGUGCUGCUGCUCUAUUUGGUCUCUCCCACCAGCUCUUGCAUCGAGCAGGAGAAGAGCUCCCUUCUCCAGCUCCUCACCGUGCUAUCGUGGAACGGCGGCCUCACGGCGUCAUGGCGGCACGACACUGACUGCUGCACAUGGGAAGGGAUCACCUGCAACCAAGAUAGGAAGGUUACUGAUGUUUCACUGGCUUCUCGAGGCCUCGAGGGGCCCAUCUCGCCGUUCCUUGGCAACCUCACCGGGCUUUUGCGCCUCAACCUGUCCCGGAACUCGCUGUCCGGUGGCUUGCCACUGGAGUUAAUAUCAUCCAGCAGCAUCCUUGUUCUUGAUGUCAGCUUCAACCGCCUGACAGGAGGCCUGGGUGAGCUGCCAUCUUCAACCCCUGUGCGGCCUCUGCAGGUACUCAACAUCUCAAGCAACUUGUUUACAGGCAGUUUUCCAUCCACAACAUGGGAGGCGAUGAAGAGCCUGGUCGUUCUUAAUGCCAGCAGCAACAGGUUUACUGGUCAGAUACCAACUACACCAUGUUUUAGCGCCCCAUCUUUUGCCGUGCUUGAGCUCAGUUUCAACCAACUCAGUGGAAACAUCCCUCCAGGGCUCAGUAAUUGCUCGGCGCUGAAAUUGCUUGGUGCUGGCUACAACAACCUCAGUGGUACACUUCCAGAUGAACUCUUCAAGGUAAUCUCGUUAGAGCACCUCUCAUUGCCUAACAAUAGGUUAGAAGGAGCUCUUGAUGGCAUCAGCAAGCUCACAAAUCUGGUCACCCUUGAUCUUGGGGGGAAUGAGCUCAGCGGCAAUAUUCCAGAGUCUAUAGGUGAUGUGAAGAGAUUGGAGGAGCUGCAUUUGGAACACAACAACAUGUCAGGGGAGCUGCCAGCAGCUCUAAGCAACUGCACAAAUCUUGUAACAAUUGACCUCCAGGCAAACCAAUUUAGCGGAGAACUUACCAAGGUCAACUUCGUAAGUCUGCCCAAUCUAAAAAAACUAGAUCUUCUUUCCAAUAACUUCACCGGCACAGUUCCAGAAAGCAUAUACUCCUGCAGCAAGCUGACUGCACUACGGCUAUCUUACAAUCCUUUCCAUGGUCAAUUGUCAGAAGAAAUAGGCAAUCUGAAGUCCCUGUCAUUCCUAUCACUUGCUAAUAACUCUCUUACAAAUAUCACAAGAACACUUCGGAUCCUAAGCAGUUCCAGGAGCCUCACCACCCUUUAUCUUGGGUUCAACUUCCUGCAUGAGACCAUGCCAGAGGAUGUCAGCAUUGAUGGUUUCAAGAAUCUCCAGGUUCUUUAUAUAAAUCAUUGUUCAUUGUCUGGAAAAAUACCUGAUUGGUUAUCGAAGCUACCGAAUUUGGGGAUGCUAUUUUUGCAAGGCAAUAAACUAACUGGGCCCAUACCUGAAUGGAUCAGCAGCCUAAAAUUUCUCUUCUCUCUAGAUAUAUCAAACAACAGCCUUACAGGGGAAAUUCCAAGUGCUUUAAUGGAGAUGCCAAUGCUAGAAUUAGAUAGUACUGCACCAAAGGUAUUCUUUGAGCUGCCUGUUUGGAACAAGAACCAAUUUCUGCAAUACCUCACGCCCAGUGCUUUUCCUAAAGAGCUUAAUCUAGCCAUGAAUAAUUUCACUGGUAUGAUUCCGGAGGAGAUCGGUCAGUUACAAGGACUAUUUUCACUUAACUUGAGCUCCAACAGAUUAUCUGGAGAGAUACCAGAACAGAUCUGCAACCUCACGAACCUGCAGAUGCUCGACUUGUCCGGUAAUCAUCUCACUGGUAAGAUUCCAGCUGCAUUGAACAAUCUGCACUUCCUUUCCAGAUUCAACAUUUCUAAUAAUGACCUGGAAGGCACUAUUCCAAACGCGGGCCAGUUUAGCACGUUUCCGGAUUCUAGCUUUGGUGGAAACCCCAAACUGUGUGGCUCUAUGGUUGCAAACCAUUGUGGUUCGGCAAAAGCAAGUUCAGUUUCCAUUGACCCCAUAAAACAGAUUGGUAGUGAGGCCAUCAUCUUUAUGACCGCCUUCUGUGUUUUCUUUGUAGUAGGAGUCCUAUAUGAUCAGAAAGUCUUAGCUAGACAUUUUGGCUAA